AUGCUGCACAAUGGCGUUGCCCGCCCUACCGCUUUCAUCUGGGAGCCAGAGCCGGAGGAGCAGUGGGGCGACGAGAGCGAUAGCGAAGAGAGCGACGACGGAGACGAGUACGGCGAAGCCGACCGUAAGAAGGCACGAUCCGCUAACCCAGACGGGUACUGGGGCACCGAUCGCAUACGCCGUGUCCUGCGCAAGCAGACCUUUCAGUACAUGAACACCGCUCUCGGCACCCGCGCCUGGCGGCAUGCCUACCCAGCCAUCCACCGAGAGCUGGCAAGAGAUGGACAAGCACGCGACUGGUUGGAAGUGCUCUACUGGAACAAAGCGCCGGCGAAGAGCAACGCGCAAGCGUUGCAGUCCGGCCACAGCCUUAAAACAGAGGAGGGCAACUACGGCCGCUCCAUGAUGGAGUCUCCCUUUCAGACCAUGGCCGAGCGGGAGGAGUUCCGGCGGGUGAGCAUGGACUGGCAUCGCGUGCUGGAGUUUGCAUCCGCCUGGGAGGACGGCCGCAUGCACCCCGGUGUUCGCGCGGAGAUGGUAGCGCAGCAAGAGAAGCAGGCGCUCCAGCGCUGGUCGUCGCUCGCGAUGGUGGACCUCAAGGCAGAGUUCAGGCGACUCGCUGGACGGCCGGACGCCGAGUAUCGUGGCAAGCAAGAAGAAAGCCUCGAGGCUGUGAUGCAGCGACGGCUGCGCGUGCUAGUUGUUAUGGCUACCGGCACCGGCAAGAGUAUGCUGUUCAUGCUGCCCGCGUCCGUCUCGCCAGGCGGCGUCUCCGUGGUCGUGGCUCCGUUGAAUGCCUUGCGAGACGAUCUGCAAGAUCGCUGCGACCAGCUCGGCAUCCCCUGCGCGAAGUGGGAUGGAAGAAGACCGCCGUACUGGGCUCGUAUUGUGCUGGUGACGCCUGAGAGCGCAGUCACGAAGGCGUUCGGCAGGUUCAUUAACGAAAAGCGCAUGCUCCAUCAGCUAGAUCGUAUCGUGAUAGACGAGUGCCACGUGCUGCUGGAGUCGACACAGGACUGGCGGCCAGACCUCCUCAAGAUGGUGGAGAUGACGGAGAAGGGCACACAGGUUGUCUACCUGACUGCAACCUUGCCGCCCACGCUGCAGCCCGCCUUCUUGCACACCGCAGGGCUCGAUGCCCAGACCGUAACCAUAUGCCGCGAUGAACGCACCACGCGAACGAACAUUGCGUACCAGGUGCUAGAGUACACACGUGGCACGCUAGAAAAAGUACUUAUUAAGCUUGUGGCUGCGAAGAGGAGUAGGUACGGACCCAAGGCGCAGAUCAUCGUCUAUUGUCCAACUGUGGACGAGACGAAACGGCUUGCGAAGCUUCUGCAGUGCUCUGCAUACUACCGUCAGAUGGGCUCAGACGAGGAAAAGGCACGCAUGGUGCGAAGCUUCACCCUGGGCAUAGAGAAGCUUUGUACAGCCACGAACAUGCUGGGUCUUAGGCUCGACGCUGCAGGCGUCGGGUGGUGA